AUGAGAUGCCGUUUGUUCCGCCUUCUCUUUUUUUUUCUUUUUUUCUUUUUUGUCGUUUUUUUUUUUUUCUGUAGUUUUUUUUUUUUUUUUUUAAUGCACCCUCCGGAACUCUUGCGGCACCCGAUUUAUUCGCCGACGCGGGCCGCGGCGACGCGGGAGGGGCGACAGCAGGAGCAGCGGCCAUCACCGCAACGACAACAGCGGGUGCAAGUGGCGGCGAGCUCUUCAGACUCCCUGCGAGGCGGCCGGAGGAGCGGGAGGGAUUUGACGGAGGCACAAACGGGGCCGCAGGAUUUGCCGUUGGCAAAUAUUUUGAGACGCGAAUUUACUUACAUGUCACUGCGGGAGCAGUUUCACAACCGCGAGAGAAUCACUGUGACCACCCGACCUCUUGUCCUUGCCUCCCCUGUACUUGAUCGAAAGGAAUGGCUAUAUAAUUUAUUUGCGCCAUUCUUUUUUCUGCGAGGGAAUUACAUGUAUGCGACUUUAGUUGAGACAGCGGAGAUGGCUUUGUCGAGUAGGAGAGAGCGCAUUGCGACAAUUUUACCGAGGUCUUAUUGCAUUUCCGCAGGGGGUCAUUUUAUUUGGCGUUUUUUCUGCUUACGUUGCAGUAUUGCGGAACUCACAUACCUUCUUUUUCGUGAAGAAGAAGAACGUGGACGUGAGCCUUACCGUUUUUGCUGCGAGGGUUUUUUUGGAUACGAGGGACGUAUGCCACGGUCUUUCUUGACUAUGUGCUUAGUUGACCUGUUAACAUGUGGUCUUCCCUUUGGAUACUUUUAUCAUGGAUUAGGAACAACACUCUUUGGCUGUCGACUGCGUUAUCUGAUACGUUGCCGAUACCGUAUCGAAGGGACUGUCGCGAAGGAUUUUCUUCUUAUGCUCUGCUGCCCAUUGAUAACGGUGGAACAAGAGGCGUUGGAGAUGAUGAUGUACGGCAACUGGGAGCGCCGUGACUUUCGUGCUGUCAUGGUGUGA